CAUUAUGAGCUAUGAUUUUUAUAUUCGUUUACCUAAUGAAACAUAUUUCUUUCUUUCAUAUAUUUUUUGCUCAGGAUCCAGAGCCAGAAUCAACAUGAUGAACUGCAGCAGCACAAAGGCAAAAUGCAUUCGAAUCGUGCUUGGAAUGUUGCUCCUUUGUCAGCUCGUGCAUGACACCGGUGCAUCCUACCAACAACCACAAAAACAACAACAACAACAAUUGCAGCAAAACGACUUAUUGGAAGAUUCCUCAGUGGAAACCCAAGUGUCGCGUCUGGCCCGACUCAUGGCCAUCGACCACGACUCACAACUGACGCAAUUCCCAGACGAACACGAUCCCGACGACGAUGAAGAUACUAACGAUGAUGAUAAUCACCACCAGAACAAGAUCAACGACGCAGACGACACUGAAAUUGAGGCAUUAGUUGGGACGCCUGGCGUGAAAAGGGCUGUCGAACGUUUGCCGCGAGACCCGCCAACCAUUCCGCACAUGCGAAUCACGCCGGAAGAAUUUGUGCGCAAAUUACUGCUUCGCAAUGAUGGGGGCAAUAAGGCUAAAAGACUGGCGUUUGAGCCAGCAGCAGCAUAUUUGCAGAGAGCCGAACAUCAGCAGAUGCUUUUGUCGCGUAUGAUCAAAGAUCUGUUGGAAGGCAACAACGAAGCCCGUUCCAGGUGGUUUCGAAUCCGCAAUGAGCUUGGCACAGCACUGAAACGUCGCAUUCCCGACGUCAUUGAUGAUUCUUCUCCGGACCUGAUGACGCGUCAGAGUCGACCAAGGAUUCAACCACUCCGCUGGGGCUGAGUCUGUUUAAAAGCGAGAAAAGGCAUCUUAAAACCAUCAGAAAAAAAAGAGAAAAGAAUGCACGAUACACGCUGGAAGCUGCGCAAUUUGUUUUUUUUUUUUCAUUGAAUUAUUUAUCUAUAUGUUUAAUCUUUGGAUAUUUCUUGAGCUGGGUUUCAAUCAACUUUGAUGAUUCGGCCAGUACUUAUUGUAUCGAAAAGAUCUCGUUCAUUCCGUUAGCAUUUAAAAACAAGCGAUGAAUUGCAUGAAACGCAGGUAGACGGGAAUUUUCUUAAACUUUUCUUUAUUGGGGAAUGAUUGUACCAAUGAAUAAAUAAAACCACGGUCUUUGGCCGAUCAUAGUUACCAAUUUUAAAAUACUCGGAUUUGUUUGGAUUUACCUCCAGUGUAUAGACAGAACGAACUAACGAACUUCUCAGAUUUAUAUUUUCGUUCAUUCACAGCAUUUGAUCUUUAAAAAGUUGGGUCCGACAGCGAAAAAAAUAUUUGUUGUCAAUUUUAGGUACAAUAUAGACCCAAUACCAACUCAAAAUUUCCCUAAAAUCAUAACAUGCAAGAUGCUAAUCUUUCUGAGAAUGGAUUUACUUCUGAAAAAAACCACUACGUUAACUGAAAAAAUUUACGGAAUAAUUCGUAAUCGAACGCGUGGAAGCCGGAAAGGGGUCGAAAAAUUCAGAAAAUGUUUCUUCAGGGUCAAACAAAACAUUUUGCUUAUUCAUAGUUCGCAAUAUUAUGUGUGAAUUGGCGAAAUGUGGCUUUUAUCUUGCUUAAGCAAUACUCGGAAUUUGUCAGCUUCUCACGCGCACGAAAAAAUUGUGUUGAACCUCGCCGUUUUUCAUUUUUAAUUUUUUUUUCGUACUGAUUUCUCAAUUCGAUGAUUUCAGUCUUUGCAGAUAUUUAAAAUAAAACAUUCGAAGAAUGUAAGACCUCCGUAUACAUAUAGAGAACUGAGAAGGACAACGAAAUAAUCCUGAAUGCAUUUCCGUUUUUGCCCCGCACGCGAAAUUCGCUCGCAGAUCUCGCUUCCGCUGGAGCAAAUUGUGCUGCUGCUGAAGAUUGGUUCAUCUUGAAGAGAGAGAGAGAAAAAAAAGAUGAAAAAAUCUCUUGAGAGACAGAGGGAGAAAAAGAGAAAAA